AUGACUUACAGCCUCGUCGAUAGUCAAAACGCCUCGAGCGCGAGAGUGCACCAGAAGGGGGAUGAGCAAGGCAAGCACGAGCAACAGCGGCUACAGAACGACCAGCUGACCACCGGAACCUUGUACGCCCGUGAUCUAGUGAACGAGUGGGCAAGGGUAUAUAAGCUUACCUUUACCUCAUCUCACGGAGUGAUUACGAUGAGGGUGCUGGGAUUACUGGUCACGAAUGAGUGCGAUCGCGGCGACUUGGGG